AUGGCUGCUGGGGAUCCCGUGAAUGAGCUCUGCGAGGAAGCCACCUGCUCCAUCUGCCUGGAGUAUUUCAGCGAUCCGAUGACCGUCGCUGAGUGCGGCCACAAUUUCUGCCGAUCCUGCCUGACUCAGUGCUGGGGAAAGGCAGCAGCAGAGGCUUCCUGCCCUCAAUGUAGAGGAAAAGCUCAGACAGGGAACCUCCGGCCAAACCGGCAACUGGCAAAUGUUGUGGAAAUAGUGAAGAGAAUCAGUCUUCAGGGGGGAAAUGGGGAAAAAGUGAAGGAGAGGGUUUGCAAGAAACACCAGGAGCGUCUGAAGCUUUUCUGCCAAAAUGAUGAGAUCCUCAUCUGUGUAGUCUGUGAUAGAUCCAAGGAGCACAAAGAUCACGAGGUGAUUCCUGCUGAGGAGGCUUCUGGAGAGUAUAAGGAUAAAUUUUGUAGCUGCCUCAAAACUCUGAAGAAGAAGAGGAAGAAAAUCCUGGCGAGUAAAGCAGACAUAGAAAAGGGGAGCCAAGAGCUGCUUGAGCAAACACAAACAGAGAAGGGAGAGAUCGUGACUGAGUGCAGGCAAUUAUGCCAGUUUUUGGAGGAACAAGAGAGACUUCUGCUGGCCAAGGUGGAGGAAGUGGAGAAGGAGAUUGCAAGAGAAAGGGAUGAGCACUUGGCCAGACUCUCUGUGGAACUCUCCUCUCUUGAAAGUCUCAUCCAGGAGAUGGAGGAGAAGAUUCACCAGCCAGUGACUGAACUCCUCCAGGAUGUCGGAAGCACCUUGCAGAGGUGUGAGGAGAAGGAGAAAGAGAAGUUUGAGGAUCCAGUGGCAUUUCCUCCUGCACUGAAGUGGAAAAUCUGGGACAUCUGGGACCUCAAUGUCUUACUUAAAGGUGCCACAAAACAAUUCAAAGAUGCUCUGGUCUUGGGUCUCCAGCCACACAAAGCAAACGUGACUCUGGAUCCAGACACGGCCCAUCCCAAACUCAUGUUGUCUGAGGACCGGAAAAGCAUGACACUAGAAGAAAAAGCUCAAGCUCUGCCCAACAAUCCCGAGCGAUUUGAUAACCAUCAUGCUGUACUGGGUCGUGAAGGAUUCACAGGGGGACGGCAUUUCUGGGAAGUCAUUGUGGAAAAUGAAGAUGACUGGGAUGUGGGGGUGGCCAAAAGGUCUGUGAAGAGGAAGGGAAGAAUCCCCUUUACUUGGAGUAUAGGCAAAGCAGGCAAGUUUUAUUACAUAUUGGGUGAUAACUGGCCUGUGCACCUGUGUUCAGAGCCCAGAAGAAUCCGAGUGUCUCUCAACUAUGCUGGGGGGCAGGUAUCCUUUUUUGAUGCUGACAAAGCAACCCUUCUCUUCAUGCUCUCAGAUGUCUCCUUCUCUGGAGACACCCCCCAUCCCUACUUUGCUGUGCAUGAUAAAGGCUACCUCAGACUUUCUCCUUAA